GAGCAGAACCCGGAAGCGGGUGAACUCCGGUCCAUCGGCCGCGGUACUACAGCCCGUGUUUUGCGGAGAGCUGUGAUCGAUCCCGGUGCCAGUGAUGAGACGGUGGCGGAUCCUGCUCGUCCCCUUGUUGUUGUUGCCGCUGUUAUGCGGUUCCCAGUCGUCCCCAAACGUACAAUCUCUGCCAGGCCACGGCAACAGCAGCAAUACUGGGAAUGGUGGGGAUGCAGCAGGGGAGAAAGAGGCCCCGAAGCCAGUAGGGGAGAAAGAGGCCCCGAAGCCAGUAGGGGAGAAAGAGGCCCCGAAGCCAGCAGGGGAGAAAGAAGCCCCGAAGCCAGCAGGGGAGAAAGAGGCCCCGAAGCCAGCAGGGGAGAAAGAGGCCCCGAAGCCAGCAGGGGAGAAAGAGACCCCGAAGCCAGUAGGGGAGAAAGAGACCCAGAAGCCAGCAGGGAAGGAGGAGGCCCUGAAGCCAACAGGGAAGGAGGAGGCCCUGAAGCCAGCAGGGAAGGAGGAGGCCCUGAAGCCAGCAGGGAAGGAGGAGGCCCUGAAGCCAGCAGGGAAGGAAGAGGCCCUGAAGCCAGCAGGGAAGGAGGAGAGCCUGGAACCAGCAGGGGUGGAGGGGAGUCCAAAGCCAUCAGAGGAGGAGGGCCUAGAAACAAUAGAGGAUGAGGAGGGCCCGGAGCCAGUAGGGAAGGAGGGAGCAGCAGCAGAGGGAGCUGAGGGCAAAGAGGCGGAGGAUUCUCCAGGUGCUGUCAAGCUCGGCCCCGGCGCCCUGCGGCCAAAGGUUGACGUUGUCGCAGUGCCCCAGGACGAGCCCGAGAGCAGCCACUUCUUCGCCUACCUGGUCACUACUGCCAUCAUCGUGGCCAUCCUGUACGUCACCUACCACAAUAAACGCAAGAUUAUCGCUGUUGUUAUAGAGGGUCGCCGUUCUAAAGGUAUUCGGCGCCCGAAAACCACAGACUAUCAACAGCUGAACCAAAAGAUUUAAAGUGGAUCAGCGUGGAACGAUCGCGGCCCCACCACGAGAGACAGGAAACCGUCUGCCCUUUGGACUCUGGGGCACCUUGCUUCGAGCAACAGCUGAAUUGCCUCGCCUCAGGGAAAUUCGGGAGGGGGGGUGGGUGUGGAAGGCAGUGGGGCUGAGACAGAAGGUGGGAUAAUUGGGGGAGGGGGGUGGUGAUGGUGGUAAUCAUUCGUUCCUGCUGGACCAGGUUGGGGUGGCGGGUUUGCUGAGCUGCGGGGGAACGACCGGCGGGGUUGUUUGGCCCUUUCCCCACGGCAGCCAUGAGAACAGUACUCUGCUAUGGACCCCUGGUUACGGCCCCAGCUUCACCCCCACCCCAUUACACUUGCACGCUUUCUUUUGCACUUAUGGCUAGAAAUGGCGAUGAUCUGUGGCAGGGCACCACGCCUCUGUCCUGGGAAUGUUGGCAAGUCCUGUCCCGUGAUACCAACGCCACCGGCCUCCCGUGAAAUUGAAUGUUUCUGACGAGAAUUAAAUGAAACCUGUGGUCUCCUCA